AUGCAAUUUGGUGGUAUCCAGGCGAGGAAGAAAACCGAAAUCUUCAAGAGGCUCCCAUUUAAUUAUUGUUCGUUGUCGUUACAACCGUUUGAGCAUCCCGUAUGUACCCCCGAUGGCAUUAUCUUUGAUUUAAGAACUAUUUACCCUUAUAUAAAGAAACAUGGAACAAAUCCUGUUACAGGCGAAAAAUUAGAAGCCAAGUCGCUCAUAAAACUUAAUUUUUCAAAGAAUUCCAAUGGUGAAUAUCAUUGCCCUGCCACGUUUAGAGUUUUCAACGAUCAUACACAUAUAGUCGCAAUAAGGACAACGGGAAAUGUGUACACAUAUGAAGCAAUCGAACGCUUAAAUAUCAAAUCGAAAAAUUGGAAAGAUUUGUUGACUGAUGAACCUUUCACGAGAAAGGACAUCAUCACCAUACAGGAUCCGCAUAAUAUAGAGUCACGCAAUUUAUCAAAUUUCUAUCAUCUCAAAAAUGAUUUAACCGUCGAUGAUGAGGAUAAGUCCUCGAUCAACGAUCGUUUAAAUGAUAUAAAUCUUGGCGCCACUGGUUCAGCCGCUCGUGUGUUGGCAAAAAUUUCUGGUCAAAAAGACGAAGCUUCCGACCGAACCAAGGAUGCUGACGAUGAGUCGAAAUCCAAUCAAGCUUCUCCCUCGUCUCCUUUAAAACAGAAAAAAAAGGUUAUACCAUACAAUGCGGCGCCUUACACGCGUGGGCUUGCAGCUGCAUCAUUUACUUCCACAGCAAUGACACCUGUGACAGAAAACGAAAAUGCACUUAUUGAUGAGGAAGAAUUCAUGUUCAAAGAAGUUAAAUCUAAAGGUUACGCUCGCAUAAUCAAAAAUUUCAUGAUUCAAGGUGGUGAUCCUACGGGCACCGGUAGAGGAGGAGAAUCAUAUUGGAAGAAAGAUUUCGCGGACGAAUUCAAGAGCAAUCUGUCCCAUAGUGAACGUGGUUUAUUGAGUAUGGCAAAUCGAGGGAAAAAUACUAAUUCAUCUCAAUUUUUCUUUACUUUCCGACCCUGCACCCACUUGGACAAUAAACACACUAUCUUUGGUAAAUUAGUGGGAGGAAAAGAGGUUUUGGAUAAAAUGGAGUCUGUACCUACAGACGAUUCUGAUCGACCCUUAAGUGAAAUAAGAAUAACCGAUGUCACUGUUUUCGUGGAUCCAUAUGAAGAAUAUAAAAACCGGUUGGAAAAAAAGCUGAGCCGCGAAGCGGGAAUUGUCAAAAAAAGGAAGAUUUCUCCAAAGGAUGAACAGGAUUCAACCACCAAUUGGUUUGGUACGAAAUUAACAUCAUCCGGUAAUCUUAAAGAAGAUAGCAAAGUUGGGAAAUAUUUGAUGUCAUCGAACAAGAGAGAAAUAGACGAUGCCUCAAAUAAGGAUCUUUUGAUAGAAUCGACACCAAAAAAACCAAAACCGUCUGGGUAUGACUUUGAUUUUAAAUCGAACGUUUUACUUAAACUUCUAUUAACGCAGCUCUCGGGGGUCAUAACCGACGCCUGUUGUGAUUACGAAACUGUCGAAAAGGUGAAUGAAGAUAUUGCGCAACGAGUACAAGAACUGGUUAAGACCAAUUUCUUUAAAUAUUAUAAGCUUAAUCUUUAUAAAGAAUGCCCGUUUUGGAUGGAAAACGGACAGUGCAUGAAUCGGGCAUGUGCGGUGGAGACCGUCGAUGAGUCUCAUAUUCCAGAAUCGUGGCGUAGUAACGUCCUCGGAGCUUUACAAACCUCAUCGGCUGGAAUACUUUUUCACCCUUACAAGAAAUGUGAAUACAGCGAUCAAGAUUUCUGCGUAGUUGAAGACGAAGCUGAUGUUGAGGGCGUCUUCGUCAACCUUCACGAUAACCCCGAAAGGUUUACAGGAUAUGCUGGAGCGUCAGCUAGUCGCGUCUGGAAAGCCAUAUACGAGGAAAAUUGUUUUAACUUUCUUCACGCAAUCCAUGACCAGACAAGUAGGAAUAAUCUAGCCGGAUUGCUCCAAGAAGUUGCCGAAAAGUCGGAGAAUGGUAAUGAUGUUUGUUUCGAGAAACGGGGGCCCAAUCUCGACUGUUUCAUCUCUCGUUUUGGUUCUCAUCCGGAACGUAUUCAAAAUGUAUAUUUCGACUAUGUCGUUUUGAUGAGAGCCAUUUCAAAGAUGUCGGAAUAUCUUCGAGGUUAUGAGUUUUGCACGGGUGACAAAGUUCAAGAUGCCCAGGUUAAAAAAAUGGUUAGUAAACUUGUGAAUACGGCCGAAUCGUGUCCCGGAACAUUUGACGAAAAGCAAAUGUUUUCGUCUCCUGAAUCUAGGCUAUUAAAGGAAGAAUUUAAAAAUCAUUUUAGGAAUGUUUCCCGAAUUAUGGAUUGUGUCGGAUGCGAAAAGUGUCGCUUGUGGGGAAAGUUGCAGAUAUCUGGCCUCGGGACAGCAUUGAAAGUACUCUUUUCUUACGAUGAUGAAUAUUUUAAUCCGAAAGUACAUCCGAAUUUAUUAACGCGUACAGAAAUUGUAGCACUUUUUAAUACAUUUAAUCGAUUCUCCGAGAGUCUUAAAGCUAUUGAACGUUUCAGACUGAUGUAUCAACAAAGAAUUAAUGACUUGAAAGUAGAUGAACUCCAGAUUGUUGAAACUCCUCCACCAAUUGUCAUCACGAAACCCGCAAACAUCACAAACAAAUCCGUUAAUCAUUUCCCAGAAACAGGUUUCUUUAUAGAUCUAAUGGCUUUAAUUAAGGAGAUGAUUUCACUUCGUGUCGUGCACGUCUAUAGUAUAAUAUUGCAGAAACUUGAACAGUGGCAUGUUAAACAGAAAUCUUGA